GAAGUAAGCACAGUUGACGACCUCGUGAAAUCAUGUUUAAAGAAAUAACCUUGAUCUUACUGAUAAUCAAAAUUUCACGUAUCUCUUCACAGAAAUGUUCUUCCGAGAUUUUUACUACUAUUAGAAACGGAGGUCCGUCUUUACGUCCAGAAGAAAUCAUAUCAAGUCAUACCGUCAACUACGGAAUUCUCCCGAUAGAAUGUUACGAACUCUGCCAAAAGAAACCGAAAUGUGUUGGAUUCAACUACAGAGACAAGAUCAAUGUUGUGAACUGCCAACUGACCAACAUCACUGGAAAGGGAAAUCACUUUGAAACAACGGAAGAAGGGGAAUGGAUACUAAUGAACGAUAAUAAAGCGGAAAGAAACGAGGACGAGAAGAGCAAAAAUGAAACUUCAGCUAGAAGCUGCGCCCAUCUGUACGGCUUAGGAGUGAGAAAAGAUGGUGUUUACACCAUCAAUCCUGACGGUCUGGGAUCGUUCCAAGUCAGAUGUAAUAUGAGCACAGACGGUGGAGGCUGGACCGUGUUUCAAAGAAGACAAGAUGGAAGUCACGAUUUCUACCUUGGAUGGUCAGACUAUAAAGCAGGCUUUGGUGAUCUUAACGGUGAGUUCUGGUUGGGCCUUGAUAAAAUACAUCGUUUGUGGAAAUCUGGUCAAAAUGUUUUAAGAGUUGAUUUGAUGGAUUUCAAUGGCGCUGAACGUUACGCUAAAUAUGGAACGUUUAGUGUGGCUGAUGAAUCAGACAAAUACAGAUUGAAUAUUGGCAGUUAUUCAGGUAACGUAGGUGAUUCUCUUGAUUAUCACAAUCAAAUGCAGUUCACUACCAAGGAUAGUGACAAUGAUGCUGACGGUAAUAAUUGUGCUACGAGAUUCAAAGGAGCUUGGUGGUACAAACAUUGUCAUCAGUCUAACCUCAAUGGCCUGUACCUGGGUGCAGGUCAGACUGGUGCCAGCGGAAUAAGAUGGACCAACUGGCACUCUUUUUCUAUGAAAAAGACAGAGAUGAAAAUUCGUCCAAACCAGUUCUAAGAAAAGGACGAGCUUUAGCAGGGUGUUGAUUUUUCUAAUUGUAAACAGAAUAAUGCAUGCAAAUCAAUUUGUGAUUGUUUACUAUCAUUCUAGUCGCAAAAAAAUACUUAAUUGAUAUAAUAACAGUAUAAUAGCAGACCUAUGGGUCAGUGAUAGUUAGUAAGGAGUAAGGAUGCAAAAAUUCAGACCGGUUUACUUGUGUUAACUUUGAGUAAGUAGAGCUUAUAAAAGCAAUAACAUCCUAAUUUCGGGAAGUUUAAGUGACUGCCAGAGAUCAUGUUAUUUACUUAUUUCAAUACCUCAAAGUCAUUUCACGCCUGCUUUAAUCUCGAGUGUCCGGGAUCAUAAAACCUUAACCAAAUGAAUAGGUUUGAAACUUUUGACUAAAAUACAGUUUUGUAGUACAUGAACCAUCAAAAGAUACGGUUGAAAAACAAGUCGGAGGUCUUUCUUCUCACAGUCAAAAAUGUUACCAUGCAGGCAUCUACAAAAUCUAAGGGGCUGCUUACAUAAGCUCGUUUAA